GGAAGCGUGGUUGGGGGAGGGCGAGAGAGGGGGAAGAGUUUCCAAACUUGUCUCCAGUGACACGAGACAUUUACGCUCUGCAAGAUAAAACUGCCACUUACAGCCCAGGAGAGCUAAACCGUCCUGUGUUCGCCUAGAGGCUUGAGCAGAGUCAUGGAUUCUCUGGGGCUGGGGCUGUAUGCCGUCUUCUGCCUACUAGCUCACUCUGCUUCUGGCAGUCCCAUCAUGGGCCUUGAACAAUCGGCUCUGGAGGAGGACAUGCCUCUCUUUGACGAUGUCUUCUCAGAGCAAGAUGGGGUUGACUUUAACACACUGCUCCAGAGCAUGAAGGAUGAGUUUCUUAAGACAUUGAACUUGUCUGACAUCCCAACACAGGAUUCAGCCAAGGUGGACCCACCAGAGUACAUGCUGGAACUCUACAACAAGUUUGCUACAGAUCGGACCUCUAUGCCCUCAGCCAACAUCAUUAGGAGUUUCAAGAAUGAAGAUAUGUUUUCCCAACCAGCUAGUUUUCACGGACUCCGAAAAUACCCUCUUCUCUUCAAUGUGUCCAUCCCUCACCAUGAAGAAGUCAUUAUGGCUGAACUCAGAUUGUACACACUGGUGCAAAGAGAUCGGCUAAUAUAUGAGGGAGUGGACCGCAAAAUUACCAUCUUUGAAGUUCUAGAGGAUGAAGGAGACAACAGUGGUGAAAGAAGCCUGUUGGUCUUAGUGUCAGGGGAAAUCUAUGGAGUCAACAGUGAAUGGGAGACUUUUGAUGUCACGGAUGCCAUUCGACGUUGGCAAAAAUCUGGCUCAUCCACACACCAGUUGGAGGUCCACAUUGAGAGUAGGCACAAUGAAGCUGAGGACAUCAAUAGGGGACAGCUGGAAAUAGACACCAGUGCCCAGAAUAAGCAUGAUCCUUUGCUUGUUGUGUUUUCUGAUGACCAAAGCAGUGACAAGGAGCAGAAGGAAGAAUUGAAUGAAAUGAUUGCUCAUGAGCAACUUCCAGAGCUGGACAACUUGGAUGGCUACUCCAGGGGACCUGGCGAAGAGGCGUUGCUGCAGAUGAGGUCAAACAUCAUCUAUGACUCCACUGCUCGAAUUCGCAGGAACGCCAAAGGCAACUACUGCAAGAGGACCCCGCUCUACAUUGACUUCAAAGAGAUUGGAUGGGACUCUUGGAUCAUUGCUCCGCCUGGUUAUGAAGCCUAUGAAUGUCGUGGUGUUUGCAAUUACCCCUUGGCAGAGCAUCUCACACCUACCAAGCAUGCAAUUAUCCAGGCCUUGGUCCACCUCAAGAACUCCCAGAAGGCUUCCAAAGCUUGCUGUGUGCCCACAAAGCUCGAGCCCAUCUCCAUCCUCUAUUUAGACAAAGGUGUAGUCACCUAUAAGUUCAAAUAUGAAGGCAUGGCUGUCUCUGAGUGUGGCUGUAGAUAGAAGAGGGUUGUGACAUAUUUAAUUACUGUAAAUGUGUAUAUUUUGUGUCCUAUUUAAUGAGACUAUUUAAUGAGGGUGUACAGAUGACAGGGCUUGCUGCCUUAGAAAGUGGACAGGUAGAUUUGUUGUAGGAAACAUGUAUUUU